CUAAUGUCUUAUCGAUAAGGAUUUCGAGACCGAGAAUCGAGAAAGUUUUUUGACGAAGUUGUAGAAUAACCACGUGCGCCACUUGCCGCACUCAACACAUUCAACUGUGACGAGCAGAUCACGAUGCCUCGUCAAGCACAUGGGAGGCCUUUGCAGCCAGGCAAGACCGCCAAUGCAGCAAAGAAAAGACCAGCCAAGAAUCGCAGGCUCAAUGCCUUGGAAAUCGCAGAGCGAGAAAACCCAGAUGACACCAAAGUUCGACAACAUCGCCUCGGUGUAGUCGACGACGAUUCCGAUGAACCUCGCACACGAGAUGAUGACGACGAACGAUCAUCUAAGAGGAGGAAAGUUGACAACGGACAAGAGGAUGACAUGGAAGAAGGUUCUGAUCUGGAGGGCAACCGAUGGCACGUGGGUGUUGAAGACGAGGAUGAAGACAGCGAUCUGGACAGCGAUGCGGCCUUUGGAGAGAGUGAUGAGGAAAAAUUUGCAGACUUUGCCUUCGGAGGCAGCAGCAGCACGGUCAAAAAAGCAAAGAAGCCCGCUCGCACUCCAGCCGCAGAUCUGGGCGAAAACAACGAUGACGAAGAGGCCGAGGAAGAUUUGGGAUCUGACGAUGAUGAAGAUGAUCUGGGAGAUGAGGCUGUUGAUCUGGCCACUGCUUGGGACAUGGACGACAAAGAAGAGGCUCAACUAGCAAAGAAGAAGCGAAAGCGUAACGUCCAUGAAGAGAGCGACGUUGAUGCCGAAGAACAAUCACAGGCAGACAGUGAAGAAGAUGAGGAGUCCGAGGACGAGCUGUCACAGUUGAGUCUGUCCGAAGACGAAGGAGAUCAUUCUCGGUUGCAAAGCUUUGUUGAAGGCCUCUCGACUGGGGCAACAGCGGGUUCCAUGAGGAAACAGCAAGAUUACAAAAAUCUACCAGAAAAACCGUCUCAAUUCGGGCUCAGUACGUCGAAGAUCUCGGCAGCAGAUCUGAUGCAAUACAUCAAAGACCCUCGUCAACGGCAGUCGCUAAAGAUCCUGCAAAACAAUGACGACAAGGGAAAUGAAGCCUACAAGGGUGGCAUUCCAGGAAAGCUGGCUCCGCCGCUGGCCAAAAGACAGCAAGAUCGCCUUGACCGCGAGGCAGCGUAUGACGAGACCAAGAAAGAGUUGGAAAAAUGGGUCGACACAGUGAAACACAAUCGACGAGCAGAGCACAUUGCAUUUCCCCUGGUGGAUCCUGCCGCCGCUGGUGCCUUGAACAGCAAGCAACUUGGGCCCACGUCCCGAUCACAGCCCAUGAACUCCUUGGAAUCCACGAUUCAGAACAUUAUGGUCGAAAGUGGCCUGUUGUCUCAGAACAAGGGCUCGCUGGACGACCAGGAACAGGCUUACGAAGAACUUCUGGAAAAGACAUUGCCGCUAGAGGAGGUACAAGCUCGGCGAGCGGAGCUGCGAAAGGCACGAGAGCUGAUGUUCCGUGAAGAGAUCAGGGCGCGCCGUAUCAAAAAGAUCAAAAGCAAGGCUUAUCGCCGUGUGCACCGCAAAGAGCGGCAGAAAGACGAGCUAGAGCGUCGAGGUGAGUUGUCUGCGCAGGGCUUACUGGAUUCGGAGGAAGAAAGAGAGAAAAAUGAUCGACGACGGGCGGAGGAGCGGAUGGGUGCAAGACACCGUGAAAGCAAGUGGGCAAAGAGCGUCAAGGUCACCGGCAGAGCUGCAUGGGAUGAUGAUGUGAGACAUUCUGUCACGGAUCUUGCCAAACGAGACGAAGAAUUGCGCAGACGCAUUGAAGGCAAGACCAUUCACGACUCCGAUGAAUCGGAACACGAGUCGUCAGAAAACGACGAAUUCUCGGAGAGCGAGGAUGAGAGGAAUCAUUACCAAGCCAAACUUGGCGGUCUGGAGGAAGACGUGCCUGAUUCGACCGAGACUCGAUUAAGUGCUAUGGCGUUCAUGAAAAGGGCUGAAGCAUCCAGGAAAACAGCCAAUGAUGCAGAGAUACGGAGUCUUCGACGGAGUCUGCGUGCGGGAGACGGUGAAGGAACGGAUGGAUCAGCUUCUGAUGGUGGAUUACCUGUUGGCCGCCGAAAAUUUGGGUCCAACAGCAAGGUUGCAGUAUCAGCACCAGUGAUGCCAAUUGCAAAGAGUGAAUUCGAGGAGCGCGAGUCCGAUACUGAAUGGAAUGGCCUGGACGACGGUGAAGAGAAAGAGCAACCACCGACCGACAAAGUUGUUCCGAAGCCAAAGACCGUAACGUCCAGCGCCCCAGUCACACUACAGACAUCUGUACAACCACAAUCGAUCCCCAACGUCGGAAAGGCGAAGGUAAGCACUGCAAGUAAAGAAGCACCAAAGCCGGCAUCAAAAGUGAACAAACCGGCCCAGAGAGUGAAGCGAGUCUCGCAGACGACUCUCGAAGACGACUAUACCAGCCCUUCAGGGUCCGAAGACGAGCACGACGCCAAUUCUGCUCUUGCGAAGGCCCUCUUUGCUGGACCCGAUGAAGUCGAGCAAGAUUUUGCUCAGGAGAAGAGGGAGCUCGAGGAAGAAGAGGGUGACCAGGUGAUCGAUAAUGGUCUGCCAGGUUGGGGAAGUUGGACAGGCGAAGGUAUCAGCAAAAAGGCUCAAAAGCGGGCGAAAGGACGAUUCUUGACCACGGUCAAGGGCGUAGCAAAAGACAAGCGACAGGAUGCAAAGCUCGACCGUAUCAUCAUCAACGAAAAGCAGAUGAAGAAAAACGGAAAAUACCUGGCAACCGAGCUGCCUCAUCCGUUUGAGUCUCGACAACAAUACGAGCGGUCCCUUCGUUUGCCUCUAGGACCGGAAUGGACUACAAAGACGACGUUCCAGGACGCCACCAAGCCACGGGUGUUGAUGAAGCAAGGUAUCAUUCGGCCAAUGGCGAAACCGCUGGUAUAGGUUACUGGCUCUUGAGCUCGAGUUGCCGAGGGAGGUAAUCUACAACAAGUAUAUCGAGGCCCGGCUGCUCAUUUCGAUGCUGGUUGGUAUCACUCAUAUAGCCAUGGUUCGGUACCGCGUAGGCUAAACGAUGCGAGAUUUGCGAACGCCCCCGGUGGACACGUUCGUCCCUCGGAACCCCAAUUUGUCCAGACUUGGCCUCCAGUGCUUACAGCGUGCUGCUU